UUUUCGCUAAAUUUCAGGUGUCUCAAAUCGAUUUUUAAACAAAACCCCAAGAAAUACUCAAAAAAGUAAAUUAACCGGUGGCAAAAUGGACGCUUUACACGACGAGGUGGAAUCGUUGGAAGCAAUCCUAAUGGAAGAUGUUUGCAUCAAACGCACGCCCAGCGGCGAUGUGGAGCAGAUUGAGACCACAGUGCUUCCACUGACCGGCGAGGAGGAGGAGCAGCAGUACGUGUGCGUCACUUUGCAGGUCCACCCGACACCUGGCUAUCCGGAGGAGAGUCCCACGUUCAAGCUGCUGCGUCCGCGAGGACUGGACGAUGCGCGCUUGGAGGCCAUUCGAAGCGCCUGCAAUGCCAAGAUCAAGGAGUCCCUCGGCUUCCCGGUCGUCUUCGACCUCAUCGAGGUGGUGCGGGAGCACCUCAGCGGCAGCAAUCUGCCCAGUGGCCAAUGCGUCGUCUGUCUGUAUGGAUUCGCCGAUGGCGACGAGUUCACCCGCACAGAGUGCUUCCACUACCUGCACAGCUACUGCCUGGCCCGCCAUCUGAACGCCCUGCGCCGCAACUACCAGGAGGAGUUCGAUAAGCUGCCCGCCUGGCUGAAGAAGACGGCCGAUCCCUUCCAGGCGCUGUGCCCCGUCUGCCGCGAGCAUAUCGGCGACGAAACCGAUAGUCUCAAGUGCGCCAUGCCUCCGUCGGAGCUGCUCAAUGCCCCGGACUUCAAGGUCACGGAGGAGCUGCGCCAGAUGCAGCAACGCAUGUCCGAGCUGUAUUUGCAGCAGAAGAGUCGCGGAGCCAUCAUCGAUGUGAAGGCCGAGGGAGCAGCGGUGAUUUCCAUCGAGACGGAGGAGGACAUCAGACGCAGGCGGCGUCGCGAGGAGGCCGAGGCAGCCAAGAAGCUGGAGGGACCGGCCAAGGAGGAGGCCCUCAAGCCAACCACAAGUUCCACAUUUGCGCCCGUCGUCCAGGAGACCCAGCGCAUCAUGCCGGAGCCGACCAACAAUAACUAUCACCACAAUCGGCGCCACUAUCGCGGCGGCAGGCGGCACCAUCACCACCAUCAGCAUGGCCACCACCAUCGGGCCGAAAGGGAUCGAGAGCAGAAUGCGGCUGCAGCUCCAGCCACCGCCGGUGGCUCCUCGUCGAAUGCCGGCAACGGCAAGCAGGCAAAGGCCCAGUCAGCCAGCUCCGGGCUUGCCAGGUGACGAUGGCUUCCGAGAGAGAUGGGGAUCCGGAUACCCAUUGCGUUGCCAUGCUGCUAAUACACAAUGAAGCACCACAACCAAACGGCCCAGGUUUUGUUUCGUGAGGCGCACUCGUUUCUGUGAAUUCCUAAGUUCGUAUAUAUUUAUGUUUAGUUAGCUUUAGCGAGCCGGGUUAGCUAAUUUGGAUUAUAUUAAUGAUGAUAUUUAGUUGUACCUUAACUAUAAUGAUAUUUGUAAUGAUUUACAAAAGACUUGCGGCACCAUGCCGAUCCGAUAUUAUA